CCGGUCUCCGGUGUCGUUCCAUUUAUGCGAAGGCCGUAACAGUGAGAGAUACGAAGAAACGAAUACUUGUAAGUGGCGAUGAGAUGCUAAUCGACCAUCAGUAGUGUACUUGUAAUUGAGAACAAAUUUUAAUGCACGAUGGCUGAUUCAUCGUAUGAAAAAGGGUUAACUGAACUAUCGAAGAUGAAGGUAGCUGAUUUAAGGGCUGAAUUGAAGCAACGAGGACUUCCCACUGCAGGCAAUAAAAAUGAAUUAGUAGAAAGACUCCAGCUAGCAAUCCAUGGAGAUGCUGCAUUAUCCUUGGACGAAACUACGGAAGAGAUUUUAGAUGAAGAUGAAGUACUUGGUGAUGAAGAAAUAGAAGAAUUAUCAAAUAAGCCUGAUUCACAUGAGAUCCCUGAGAAAAGGAAAUUAUCUAUAGAAUCUAACAAUUCCAAUGCGAAAAAGAUAGUGCUGAACCGUAAAUCUGUAUUGGAAGAAAUAAAGAAUGACCAAGUAGAGAAGAAGGAAAAUAAAGGAGCAAAAGUGAUCGAAGAUGCGCCGCCAGAGAAAAAAAUUAUCAAACUAUCGGAGCUCAGCACAAAAGAAAGAUUGGAAAUGAGAGCUAAGAAAUUUGGAGUGCCAUUAUCAGAGACAGCAAAAAAGGAGGCUAGAUUAGCUCGUUUUAACAUUAAUAAUCAAAAUAACAAAUCGGCUGCAUCCAUAAAGAUACCUGUACCUACUACAUAUGAAGUAUUGAAGAAACGUGCAGAAAGAUUUGGUACUUCAGUAUCUACUUUGAUGGAUAAGGUUGAGAUGGCUGAACGAUUGGAGAAAAGAAAGGCCCGAUUCGGUGAAGUAAAACCCGAGAAUAAACUAACUAAGAAUAAUUAUAAGAUUAAGAUUGUUAAAUGAUACUCGGUGUUAUAUACUAAAUCGACGAUCUAGAUUACAGAAAUCUAAUUUAAAUUUUAUUUUAAAUAAAGGUAUUAUACACAGAGAGAGGAGAAUAAUGACUCAUUGAAGAU